AAUAAAAUACAACCAUGACAUUUUCGCCUGAAAUGUGAACUACAGCCAAAAAUAUGCUUCGAGCGAAAAUUAAAUGUCAAGCCGUUUAGCGCAACGGCUACUUUAAAUUGAAGAAGAAGAAGGUGAAAAUACUAGUGAGUUUAGUUGUUCGCAAAUUUUCCAAUAGUAAGCGGAUUUUGUUAAACUUUACAUUGACAAUUGCGAUGAAUACGUCUGCUGGUACAAGCAUGAAUGCAAAUCAACGUAAAGCGUCAAAUCAGAAUAUACAAGUUUAUGUCCGCGUCAGACCAUUAAAUGCACGGGAACGUUGCAUACGUUCAACUGAAGUUGUCGAUGUUGUAUCACCGCGAGAAAUUGUAGCGAGACAUGCCUUAGAUUCUAAAUUAACGAAAAAAUUCACAUUUGAUCGGACUUUUGGCCAAGAUUCUAGGCAGCAUGAAGUGUAUGGUACUGUGGUAGCACCAUUGAUCGAAGAAGUUCUUUCUGGGUAUAAUUGUACUGUCUUUGCUUACGGUCAAACCGGUACCGGAAAAACACAUACAAUGGUUGGCAAUGAAUGUGCAGAGCUGAAAUCAUCAUGGGAAGACGACUCUGAAAUUGGUAUAAUACCAAGAGCUUUAAGUCAUUUAUUUGAUGAAUUGAGGCUAAUGGCAUUGGAAUUUUCUAUGCGUAUAUCGUACCUUGAGUUAUAUAAUGAGGAAUUAUGUGAUUUGUUGUCAUCCGAUGAUAGUGUCAAAAUACGUAUUUUUGAUGAUAGCACCAAAAAAGGUUCCGUUAUUAUACAAGGUCUAGAAGAAAUACCAGUUCACAGCAAGGACGAUGUAUAUAAGUUGUUAGAAAAAGGCAAAGAACGACGAAAAACUGCUACAACAUUAAUGAAUGCCCAAUCAUCACGAUCGCACACAGUGUUUUCGAUUUUAGUUCAUAUACGUGAGAAUGGUAUCGAUGGAGAAGAAAUGCUUAAAAUAGGCAAACUAAAUUUAGUUGAUUUGGCGGGUAGUGAAAAUGUAUCAAAAGCUGGAAAUGAAAAGGGUAUUCGGGUCAGGGAAACAGUUAACAUCAAUCAAAGUUUAUUGACGUUAGGACGUGUUAUAACAGCAUUAGUGGAGCGUACUCCACACGUACCAUAUCGUGAGUCUAAACUUACUCGUUUGUUACAGGAAUCUUUAGGUGGUCGAACAAAAACAUCUAUAAUUGCCACAAUAUCACCAGGACAUAAAGAUAUUGAGGAGACGCUUAGUACUUUAGAAUAUGCACAUCGUGCUAAAAACAUACAAAAUAAACCAGAGGUGAAUCAAAAAUUGACAAAACGGACGGUUCUGAAGGAGUAUACUGAAGAAAUAGAUAAAUUAAAACGAGAUCUAAUGGCUGCGCGUGAUAAGAAUGGCAUUUAUUUAGCUGAAGAAACGUAUAAUGAAAUGACGCUUAAGAUGGACUCCCAACAUCGCGAAUUAAAUGAAAAAAUGUUACUAUUAAAAGCGCUUAAAGAUGAGCUGUUGAAUAAGGAAAAAAUCUUUAAUGAAGUUAGUUUAAAUUUAGUUGAAAAAACAGAGGAAUUAAAGAAAACUGAAAAGCAUCUAAAUCUGACAGCAGGCGCAUUACAAGUGACUCAAAAAGUA